AAUUCCAAAGGGUUCACAAACUUUCUUGCAACUGUAUAUGUAAUAAUAUAUGAUCCUUCAUUCAUGUGCUGAUAUGUAUGAAGCAUGAAGCUCUUUUACGUGGUUUUAGACAUCACUGUUCUGUGCUUUUCUGUUUCUAGUGAGAUUCUAUCAGGACUGAAAAAGCCUCGAUAUUUAAUUUUAACAUGCAGUAUUUUUUUCUCGUUCACAAAUGACAGGAAAGAUAAAUGUCUCAUCAUGCCUUUAUUUUUAGGAAGUUUGUUCAAAACCAGGUGCAUCAAUUGUGGGAAUGUAGCAGAGAAUCACAGCAGUCCAAUAUGCCCUGCCUUGGAAGGGAAAGGUGCUCCAGACCCAGAUACAACAGAUGCUAAGAUACCAGUUGAAGACUUACCAAGGUGUGUGGAGCACGGCUGUAACGGACUCCUUCGCCCGCAUGUGGUGUGGUUCGGAGAAACCCUGGAUUCCGACAUCUUAACGCAGGUCGAAAAAGAACUAGAAAUCUGUGACCUUUGUUUGGUGGUUGGCACCUCGUCGAUCGUCUACCCUGCGGCCAUGUUUGCCCCCCAGGUUGCUGCUAGGGGGGUCCCCGUGGCCGAGUUCAACACCGCAACCACCCCCGCCACCACCCAGUUCACGUUCCACUUCCAGGGUCCCUGUGGAGCCACUCUGCCCCCUGCCCUGGCUCGCCACGAGACUGAAGCCAUCUGAGCUCUGCGGCACGGGAGACGAGAGCGAAGCACUUACUUGACAACUGGGAACCAACAACCGUUUGACGCAGUAUCCAUCGGAAAACGUCACAGUAGUAAUGCUUCCUAAUAGUUUUCAGAUAGAUGAGGUUCAGAUUCAUAUUCUGUCUAGUUUCUAAAUCAAGAAUCUGCUCUGCCUGCUGUAUCGCACCAGUUCAUGGCUGGAUUUGACUCCGGUAAGGAGUGGAAAGUGUGUAUCACUAGCUUCUAACAUGCGGGUUAUUGGAAAGGAAAGAGAAGCAUGCAGAAGACGGAGGGACAUGUUUAAAAUCACAUUAACCUAUAUUACAUGUUUGGCUUCUUUCUGAAAGGGUCAUCAGGUUUUUUUUUGUUUUUUUUUUGCCUCUGCGGUCUACAUCUGAGUUUCAUACUCCGAGGUUGUUGCAGCUGUGUUUUGUCUUCCUGAUGUAAAAAGUUGCAUUUUGAUUGUGUUUACAAUCCAUAAUAAAGUCUUAGGGCUGAUGGGGAGUGAG